AUGUUAACACAACGACAUCUUCAAGUAAAUUUUUAUGAUAGAGCAAAUUCAUUUAUUGAUGGACUCAAUAGUAAUAGAAUUGAUUUACAAAUUCAAGCACUAAGGAAUAUAGAAAUUGAAUUUCUUGAAUAUGAAGAUGAUGCAGCAGAAAAGUCAUGGCUUUAUUCAUUUAUAAAAUAUGAAAAGAAAGCUCCUAAAUCCAAUCAUUCACAUAGAAUCGCAACAAAAAAAGAGUUAAUAAAUUUUCUAGAAUAUACAUCAAAAAUUAUUAUCAAUUUAGUGGUUGCUUGUCCACAUGAAGAAUUACUUCGUCAUUCAAUUCCUAUUAUAAUUAGACUAUGUCAAAACAAGUUAUUACCAAAUGACUUUUUCAAAAAAUUAUAUCAAAAUGCAGAAAGGUUGUCUGGACCAAUUGUUAUGAGAGCACAAGAUUUAAUCUUGAGAUUGUUUAAUAAAUUAUCUUCCGAAGAAAAAAAAUAUUUUAAAUUAUUAGCCAUUAGUGGAUCUGAGAAUAGCCAAAUUGAAUCUCUUCAUUUUCUUUGUAAACUAAUCACUGCACAUGAAAUUUCUAUUGAGGUUGUUCAAAAAUUAAUAAAACAAAUAUGUAAGAAUAUUCAACAAUUAGAAAGUGAUGUUUUUCCUAUAAUACAAAUUCCUGAAUUAAGAACGUUAUUAAGGAAAAGUUUAUUAACAGAAUACUUAACUAAUUUUCAAGACACCGGAGUUUUAAGUGCACUCAAGAUCAUAGCUGAAACUGAUCCAUUCGAAAGUGAUGUGGAUGACAUUAAACAAUUACUUGAUAUGUCUAUUCUUAAUGAAACUGAAAACUUAAAAGAUGUAUUGAUUAACUUAGCACAGAAAAAUGAAAAUUUAUUUUCUUCUUGUUUACUAGGAAUGGUGAGACUUGAGGGAUUCAAUGAAACCACAAAAUGGCUAACAGGAGAAAUGAUUACUGACCACAUUGAAGAUUUGAUGAAAACCCUUUUAAAUUACAACCAAUUACCUGAAGCAUCUUCUUCAAUUGUAAGAAAUACUUUUAUUCAGUAUAAUGUUUUAAUAACAAAAGGUAUCCGUACAAAUUCUAAUAAUCAUAUUAUAUUCGUUGAUUAUAAUAGUUUAAUUGGAAAAGAAAUACUUUGGGAUGUAUUUUUAAAAAAGAAAAAUCAAAAAAUUGAACAUUUAUUAAUGAAAAUAUAUCAAGGAAAAUUGAAGGAAUAUGUUAUUGAUGCAUUACAUGCUUUUAUGAAAAAUCCUCAGCUCAUUGCCGCUGAAAUAAUUGAAAAAUCUUUAAAAGAUUUAAAACAAUCAUUGAAAGAAAAUAAAGAGGGAAAGAUUAAAUUAAAACAAUUUAUUAAAUUAAAGUGUGGUAUUCCAGUUGGACAAAUUAAAGUUAAAAGUACAUCGUAUUUGUGUCAAUCUAGUGAGGAUAUCAAACAAUUAAAAUACCUUUCAGAAGAGGUUAAUAACAAAAUCAAACAAACUAAAGAAAAACUUGAGACUAAAAUAGAAAUUAAAGAAAAAGAGUAUUUACCUGAAACUCCAGUUGAUGCCAUUGUCACUGACAUAUUAGCAAGUGUAUAUGAACAAAAAGGUACUUCAGCAGAAUGGAUAAAAAGAGUUAUUAAAAACAAUAAAUAUUUUAUUACUACUCAAAUUAACAAUGAAGAUGUAAGUAUAAAUGAUAUGGUUGGAGAUUUACUUAAGAAAGAUGGGAGUAUUUUUUUAUAUAUCCAAGAAGGAGUUAAAACGUUAAAUUGUCAAAAAUUAACAAAAUCAAAAAGUAAUGAUAAAAUAAUUAAUUGUGAUCCAAAAACUUUAAAACAAUUAUCUUUUAUAAUUGAAGAAAAUGAAAUAAAAAAUGUUAUUGAAUUAAUUCAAAAAAAAGAAAUGUAUAGUAUUGGAAUUACAUUACUAAAAGAAAUUAACCCAUUUAUUAAAUGGAGGUUAUCACCAAUUGAAAAUUGUAAAGAACAAACUGGUUAUGAGUUUAUUGGAUUCGAACGAUUAAUGACACAGAAUGAAAUACAAGAAGAUGACUUUAAAGAACUCAUUUCAAUGUUUUGUCAUUCUAUUGAAACAAGAAAAGGUAAUGAGAAAUACAUUGCUGAAAUUCUUUUACAUUUUGAAAAACUAGCAAAAAAGGAAUUAUGGUAUAUAAAUGAAGAACAAAUUAAAAAAAUUCAAAAAAGAUAUUUUAUGGAAGGAAAUGAAAGAAUUAUUAAUACAAUAUGUGAUAUAUUAUUAUUAAGAAAUAAUCAAAUAAUUGAAUGGAAUAAAGAAGUAGUUGUAGAACCAAUAAAGAGAGUAGUUAAAGAAUUGAUGAAUCAAGAACUAUUUGAAACGUUAAUUCCUUAUUUAGAAGAGCCAAGUGAAUUAGUUGAAGAGUGUUAUGAAAUAAUUAUUCAGUAUAUUGAUAUAAAAUAUAAUAUUAAUGAUUUGUUUAUUCAGAAAAUGAUUGAAAAUAUUACAAAUAGAGGAAAAGGCUUUAAAUUCAGUAUUCGAGCAAUGAAAUUAAUGAAAGACAAACAAAAACUUCUUCAACCUUAUCUUAUUACAUUCAUUGAUUCGUUAUUUCCAAAAGGAAAGUUAACUGAAAUUAAAGAAGAUACCCUCCAUGAUUAUAUUGAAAUGAUAUGUGAAUCUUGUAAGACGUGUAAUGAAGAACAAAAGAAAGAAAUUUGUCACCAUUUUGAUAUGAUAUUAAGUAUGUUAGAGAGUAAUGGAAAUCAUAUAGAAACAAGAAAAGGGUUGUGGUGUGGUUUGACUAAUCAAGGGUCUACUUGUUAUAUGAAUAGUAUUCUUCAACAAUUAUUACAUACUAAAAUGUUUUGUAAUAAACUUCUUGAAAAAAAAGUUAUUACACCUAAAUAUUUUGAAGAUACUGAAGAAAAUAAAAAUCAAAAAAAUCUAAAUAUUAUAAGUAUUGAAAAAUUUGAUGUCAAUAAAACAAAGACUAUCGUUAACAAGGUUCAAAUAUUAAAAAAAGAAAAUGGAGCUAUAAAUGAUAAUAUUGAAAAUGAUUCAAAAGAAGUAAUGCAAAAGAUUGAACAAAGUGAUAAUACAAUAAGUAAAACACAAGAAGAAAUUGAACAAGAAAUUAAUUCACAAAAAGAGAAUAUUCAAAAUAAAGAACAAAAUGAAUUUAUUACUCAUAAUAAGAAUGAAUUUAAAGAUUAUAGAAUGAUAGAAGGAUUACAAAAAUUGUUUGUUGAAAUGAAAGAAAGUAAAUUACAAACUGUCAACACAAAAGAGUUUUGUAAAGAAGCACAUGGAAGUUGUUAUGAAGAAAUUAAUGUUUAUGAACAAAUGGAUGCUCAAGAAUUCUUUAAUACAAUAAUAUCAACAUUAGAAAUCUGUAAAAAAGAGAAAAAUAUCAUUGAAGCAAGAAAAAUAUUUACUGGAGAAACAGAGAUAUCAAUAAAAAGCCAGUGUGGUCAUAUAGUAAAACGAAAUGAAGAAUUUUGUUCAUGUGCACUAGAAGUAGAACAUUAUCAAUCAAUAGGACAAUCAUUAAAAGCAUUAUGUGAAGGUUGUGUUUUAUGUGAUUAUCGAUGCGAACAAUGUGGAUUAAAAAGUGAUGCUCAAAGAAGUGAAAAAUAUAAAAAAUUACCAGAGACAUUAGUAUUUCAUUUGAAACGAUUUGGAUAUAAUGAACAAUUUCAAAUUGUCAAGUAUAAUGGAAAAUUUGAAUAUCCAAAUGAAAUUGAUAUGAAACAAUAUUGUUGUAAAGAAUAUAAAGGAAUAACUAAAUAUAAAUUAGUUGGAAUAGUUAUUCAUACUGGAAGUGCAUAUGGUGGUCAUUAUUUUAGUAAUAUAUUACUUAAUGGUCAAUGGAUAUCUUUUAACGAUAAAUUAGUUGAAAAUAUAGGUAACGGAAAUUGGUUUGGAGGAGAAGUGUCAAAUGCCUAUAUGUUAUUUUAUCAACAAAUAAAUAUAUUAGAAGAAAAAGAAAAUGAAACAUUUAUGAUUGAUGAAUUAUUAUUAAAAAGAAUAGAAAAAAUGAAUUAUAGUUAUGUUUUAUCAAAACAAGCAUCAAAACCUUUUGUUAUAGAUUUUAUUAAAGGAAUUAAUGAAAGUUGUAAAUAUAUUGGAAAUACAUUAUCAUUCAUACGUACAAUUAUUCUUAAAAGAAAUCCUGAACAAAGCCUUGGAAUUUUUGAAGGAAUUUCUCAAAUAAUGAAUCAAGAAAUAGCUAGAGAAGUAUUACAAAAAAUAUCAACAUAUUAUUUAAAAGACUAUUUAAUAUGGGGGAAGUCUAUGAUUAUCUCAGCUAUUAAACAAAUCCAAGAACCUGUUUUUAAUGAACUAAUAAUAAAAGAAGUAGAAAACGGAAAUAGUCAUGGAAUAGAGGUUAUUCAAGAAUUGUAUAAACUAAUGCAAGUUAAGUUGAGUACUUGUGUAAGACUUUCAGUUCAUAUUAUUAAAAAUCAAAAAUAUAAUUAUGUACAAGGUAAAAUUGCGUGUUCCUUUAUACUCGAAGGAAUUCAACAAAAAAUCUAUCAAUUUGAUAAAGAUAUAUUGUUGAGUUUUAAAAGUACAAACUCUCCAGAAAGCCUUAUUCAAGAAAUCAUUGAGAAGUACCCAACUCAAAAAGUUAAUGAGUGUGCAUUAAAACUAAUAAAAAGUUCAUUAAAUAAACGAGAAAUUAAUGACGAAGAAAUGAUAAAAUUAAAAAGAUUAGUAUGUAAUGUUAAUUGCGCAGUUUGUAUUGUCAAUGAGUGUUUGAAACAUCUUUGUAUGGCACCAGAUAGCUGUAGAUACUUUAAAAUAAUUCUAAUAACAAUGCAAAUUGUAUUACUUUCUCCUUUAAUUUAUAACGAAUUAAAGAAAAAGAUAAAAGAAUUCAAUGAAAAUUUAGAUUUUUACUCACUUAAAAUAGUUUUAAUUGAAUAA